AUGAAGCUAAUAUCGCAGUUGCAGGAUCGACACUUUCAUCAGUAUAUGGAGUAUCUGGCUCAGACUGAUGCGCCGAAGAGUGCGCAAGAAUCGCUCCCCGAGGCCAACCACUCAUCGCCACAGCCCCGUGAGCGGCAAUUGCCUUCGGCUGACGCGUAUCCGGCCCCAUCGACAGAGACUGCAGCUUCUGGUGAAACGGUCGCCGCUGCUGCUGCCAGUCAAGUGGAAUGCCCACCGCCUCAGGCCUCCGCUCCGCCCGCAGAACAUGCGGCAGCUCCUUCAGCCGAAGUUCAUGAGCACCGCGAUCCGGUUAACGACGCCAGCCGUUUCCUGCCGUGGCAGUGGGUCUUUCGGUCUCAUUACUCGGCACCUGAUGACUGCUUCUGGCCUGUGGGCAACUCCAAGUGGGGUGAGCAGACGGCUGACCGCUUCCGAUACAUUCCUCACGUAUAG